UCCAGGAUGAACCGAAGUCGUAGAGCAAUCAGAUUCGAACUCCCAAACCGUGCCAUAUACCCUUGGCCUGCCGCGCCGACCUCAUCGCCACAAUCUCCAGAACCACCAUGACGUCGCCCUCCACCGUCCCGUUCCGCACCUCCGACCUGAUCGGCCCACCACCACACGUCGCCACCGACGCCGCCGCCUCACCCGACUGGACGUUGCUCAGCAGGACGGCUCGGCUGUCGGACCACCGGAACGCGUCCACUGCCGAGUGCCACACGCCGGAGGGCCAGCCCGUGGCGGUGUCCUUCUGGCCGGCGGACCCGCCGGGCCUCUCCCACCUCACCGUCCAUUGCCCCGGCCUCGACGCCUCCGACUUCUACGAGGACACCCCGCCCGUCGUCCUCUGCGCCGAGGGGCCCCUCGUGCUCCUGCAGGUCACCCUCAACUUCCCCGAGUGGAGGUCUCCCCACCUCUUCGUCUACUCCGCCGCCGGGAACGGGGAUAAGAGGCCGUCGUUGCACCUGCUCCCGUGCCCGGACCCCGAGGUCGACGACAUUGGCGGCCACCCCCCGGUGCAGGACUUCGAGGGCAAGGCCCAGCAGCUCGGUCUCCUGCCCUGCGGCGACGGCGGGGGCUACGCUGUGGCCUUGCUCCACCACAAGCCGGACGAAUCCCACGGGCGGACCCGGCAGUACUACGUGUUCGUCUUCUCGUCGGAGAAGAACGCGUGGACGCGACGCAAGGCGGCGCCGCUCCACCUGUCCGAGUCCGACCAGGCGCUGUUCGACCGUCACGGCUAUGGCAGCUCCAAGCAGGUCGCCGUGGGAAGGAGCUCGGUGGGCUGGGUCGACCUCGCGUGUGGCAUCCUCCUUGCCUGCAACCUGUUCGACAAGCGUCCCAUCGUCAAAUUCAUCCCGUUCCCGGCGUCGAGGGCCCGCAUCACCGACGAGUACAACAACCCUUACUGCUCCCCGGAGUACUUCUGCGACGUCGUCUGCUCCGGCGACCUGAUCAAGUUCGUCGAGAUCGACUUCGCCGUCCCCAACUUGAGGACCAAGGGCAAGGGCUGGAGAGCCACCACGUGGUGCAGGAGGGUGUGUUGGGACAACUGGCGCAGGCGAUGCACCGUCGACGUCGACCACGUCUCAGUCGACCAGAGCUACUCCGCUCUGCUGCCGGAGCUGCUGGACGAGGAGACCCAUGAGCUGGAGCUGAGGAACCUGGAGUUCCUCAUCCCUACGCUGGGUGUGCACGACGACGACAUUCUUUACAUGUUGGCCAGGGGUGGUGGUGGAACUGGCGACAGCACGGCCUGGAUCAUCGCCGUUGACAUGAGACGCGCGGUGAUGGAGGCGUUGGUCCCGGUUUCUACCGAGAUGGGCUACACCGUCACGGUGUACCUACUUCCCGUGCGCCUUCCCCAAGUACCUCGACGGCGACAUCAUCAUGGCACUAGUUACAUAAUUUCUCCACACGUGAUUGACUUACUACCCGGCGAUAAGAACUAGUACAAGCAGUCCAAUGAGUUUGUUUUCCAUUUUGUGGUUGAUCAGGUGCAAGCAUGGAGGCUGAAACAGCUGCUGAUAAUACUGCCGACAAAGAUAGUAGCACUAGUAAUCAAAACUUCUCCGAUGAAG